CAUCCCAAAUUCAGUUAGUGCGCCAGACGAUGUUCGAUAAAGAAACUAUUUUCCCUGGCCUUAUGGCUGCAGUGGCCCUGGUGGCAGUACUGCAAACACGCAGCAGAUUGCAACAGGAUUUGCAGAAUAUGCGAUGGCGACUGACGAUACAUGCGCUCACCGUUCGCGAUACCUUUGGGAGACCAGUGCAACUCGAUAAAUUCGCCGGCCAGGUGAUGCUCAUCGUCAACAUUGCCUCCAAAUGCGGACUUACUUCAACACAGUACAACGGUUUGCGAUAUUUACUGGAGGAAUACGAGGACCGCGGUCUGAGAAUUCUCAACUUUCCCUGUAACCAAUUUGGCGCUCAAAUGCCCGAGUCCGAUGGCCAGGAGAUGUUGGAUCACCUGCGCAGGGAGGGAGCCAACAUAGGACAGCUCUUCGCCAAGAUAGAUGUGAAGGGAGCUCAGGCAGAUCCGCUGUACAAGCUACUAACGCGCCAUCAACAUGAUAUCGAGUGGAAUUUUGUCAAGUUUCUGGUGGAUCGAAGGGGAAACAUUUACAAAAGAUAUGGCGCCGAACUGGAACCAGUUGCCCUCACCGAUGACAUAGAGCUCCUGCUCGGCAGAUGAGUUCAAAUAAAUAACGCAACGUGGGCGUUUCUGCCCACUGGCUUUCAUAGCUGCGACAA